UCUACUUCCUUUCCGAAGAAAAGCAUACCGUCAAUGGCUUCUCUUUCAGUAUCAGCCGUAGAGCGUAUGAGCCCAUCUGUGGCCCUGAAGAGGAUUAUUGAUGCAGAAUGCGAAAAGUACAAAGCUGGGGAGAAGAGCGCUAUUGAUGGACGCAUCUUUGUUCCUCGACGCCACGUGCAAUCGGACUACGUACUUGGGCCCAUAUUCAAAGAGGUCCUCACUGAACUUCCAGCCUUGUAUGCCCGACUGGACAACCAAUGUCUUCUCUAUGAAGGCAGUCUUGACUGGAGGAACUGGAGGAUGAAUCGCCCCCACCGAUGCUGGCCCACGGUGAGACCAGAGUGGCAAGAGUGGUAUGAUCGGGUUAUUCCUGCUCGGACCCUGGACCUUCAAGAACUCUGCCUUCUCGAUGCUCUCAGACUGUCUAGGGUAACUAUUUCAGAAGACCCUUUCCUUGUUCCCGCUGCUCUAUGUUUUU